CAUGCGCGGGGGCGCAUCAUGUUAAUAAAGAUUGUUUUGUUGACACCCCUCGUGGCUUUGUGCUUAGAAGCUCCUGCGUCCCCACGUUACGUCGCGCGCUAUCAGAGGGGCGUGGCUAUGGAAAAUUAGGGGUCUUGUGGUUAGGACUGUUUGGAAUAAACAAGACUAAAAGGUGUGGGCGUAGUCUUAUCUUGUUGGGCGUGCCGUAAGCGCGUUUCCAAUCAUAGGAAUGCCUGGGCGAUGAUUGACAGUUUAUAGAAUCAGAUGAAUGAAUAAGGUGGGCGGGAGCUUUUCCCGUGGAUGAACGGUAAGGAGGAGGAGUUUUGAAUUUGACGGGCAGUUCGUAGGGGAAGUCUAAAGCGGACAGUGGGUGUGGUCAUCAGGUGAGUCCAAUGAUUGUCAGCCGAUGUAGGCAUGUCUUUGGUGAUUUGCGUCUCGAGUGGGCGUGUCUUUCGUGUGAUAGACAGUCUAUGUGGGCAGCAUCUUUGAAGAUUGGCACCUGGAGUGGGCGUGGCGUCAGCGUGAUUGGCAGUCGGUGGGGGAGGGUCUCCCGCGCUGCACAGGCCGCAGCAGCAUUCCCCCGGCAAGCAACGAGUGCGGCGGCGAUGAAACAAAGGCAGGUCGGGCUCGGAGGCCCCGGCGGCUGUAACGGCAGCAGCGGAGGAGACGGCAGGCUGGCGGGAUCCAGGCAGAGGAGGAGGCGCCGCCGGGGAGGUGGAGCGGCCGGCGGGGAGGAAGGCAGCCCGGCCACACGCCAGUACCAGCAGGCCGGGCCUCGCCGGGAGGAGCCCCGGAGGGAUCCCGAGGAGGAAGAGGACGGAGAAGAGGAGGACGAAGAAGAGGAGGAAGAGGAGGAGUGUGACGGGGAGGAGGAGGACGGCGACGGGGACUCCAUGGCGGCAUCGGCAGGAGGGGCGGCCGCUCCGCUGGCUCAGGCCCGCAGGAAGGACGGGGGCCCCGUCACCAAGUUCUGGGAGAGCCCGGACACCGUGUCCCAGCUGGACGGCGUGCGGGUGUGGAUCGGCAAGAACUACAAGAAGUAUGUGCAGGCCGAUUCUCCAACCAACAAAGCCCUGGCCGUCUUGGUCUCUCAACUCCUGCAGUUCCAGGAAGAUGCAUUCGGGCGACACGUCACCAACCCGGCCUUCACUAAACUGCCUAUUAAGUGCUUCUUGGACUUUAAAGCCGGCGGAGCCCUGUGUCACAUCCUUGGAGCCGCGUACAAGCACCGGAGCGAUCAGGGAUGGAGGAGGUUCGAUUUGCAGAAUCCAUCCAGGAUGGAUCGCAACGUGGAGAUGUUCAUGGCCAUUGAGAAGACACUGAUGCAGAACAACUGUCUAAGCCGACCGACGGUCUACCUCGUCCCCGAAAUAGAGCUGAAGCUGGGCAAUAAACUGAAGGACAUCGUCAAGCGCCAUCAGGGUACAAUCAUAGAAGAGAAAGCGAAAGCCUCGCACCACGUUUACCCUGUCCCUACCUCACUGGACGACGAUGAGUGGCUGAGACCGGUCUUGAAGAAGGAUAAACAGGUCCUCGUGCAUUGGGGUUAUCACCCGGACAGCUACGAUUCCUGGAUUCCUGUUACAGAUCUGGACGUGGAUAUCGAGGAUCCGCCGAUCGCCGAGAAACCUUGGAAAGUUCAUGCAAAAUGGCUGCUGGACACUGAUGUGUUUAACGAGUGGAUGAACGAGGAGGACUACGAGAUCGAUGAGAAUAAGAAGGUGGCCGGCUUCCGGCAGAGGAUCUCCCUGAAGACCGAUGAGGCCGUGCGUAGCCCCGAGAGGAAAGACCGGAAGUCUGUAGGGUCUGCAAAGAAACGGAAGCGCUCCCCUUCUCCACAGACUCCUUCUGAAUCCCGCAAGAAGCCAGGAAAGAAGAGCCAAGGAGGCCUCUAUGGCAAGAGGAGAUGGCAGAAGGAAGAGGACGAGCAGGAGGAUCUGACGAAAGACAUGGAGGACCCCACCCCUGUCCCCAACAUGGAGGAGGUCAUCCUCCCCAAAAAUGUGAAUCCAAAGAAGGACAGCGAGCACACACCGGUGAAAGGUGGCAUCGUGGCGGAUUUAGAUGAUCAGGAGGAGGAAGCGGUGACUGCGAGCGGGAAGGAAGAUGAAGAUCCCAGCCGAGGAGACCAGAGCCGGAUGGUGGACAACGGGGAAGAUAACGUGACGGAGCAGACGAAUCACAUCAUCAUUCCCAGCUACGCAGCCUGGUUUGACUAUAACAGCAUUCACGUCAUCGAGCGGCGGGCACUUCCAGAAUUCUUCAACGGGAAGAACAAAUCCAAAACGCCAGAAAUAUACUUGGCGUAUCGCAAUUUUAUCAUCGAUACGUACAGACUGAACCCGCAGGAGUAUCUCACCAGUACCGCCUGCAGGAGGAACCUGACGGGAGACGUCUGCGCCAUCAUGAGAGUCCACGCCUUUUUGGAGCAGUGGGGCCUUGUGAAUUACCAGGUGGACGCAGACUCGCGGCCUAUGGCGAUGGGACCGCCCCCUACACCCCAUUUUAACGUGCUGGCAGACACCCCAUCUGGCCUGGUGCCUCUUCACAUGAGAACCCCACAGGUGCCGUCCGCUCAGCAGAUGUUGAGUUUCCCCGAGAAAAAUAAAGACAAGCCAACAGAUCUGCAGAACUUCGGCCUCAGGACGGAAGUCUUCUCCAAGAAGACUCUGGCAAAGAGCAAAUCUGCCAGCGCUGGGAGGGAAUGGACGGAACAGGAGACGCUGCUUCUCCUAGAGGCCCUGGAAAUGUACAAAGACGACUGGAACAAGGUGUCGGAACAUGUGGGAAGCCGCACUCAGGAUGAAUGCAUCCUGCACUUCCUCCGACUCCCCAUCGAGGAUCCGUACCUGGAGAACUCUAACUCUUCCCUCGGACCUCUGGCCUAUCAGCCUGUACCCUUCAGCCAGUCUGGCAACCCGGUUAUGAGCACGGUUGCCUUCUUGGCCUCGGUGGUGGACCCAAGAGUCGCUGCUGCAGCUGCUAAAGCCGCUCUAGAGGAAUUCUCUCGAGUGCGUGAAGAGGUUCCCCUGGAGCUGGUGGAGGCGCACAUCAAGAAGGUUCAAGAGGCGGCCAAGGCUUUGGGCAAAGUGGAUCCUGCCUAUGGACUAGAGAGCAGCUGUAUAGCGGGAACGACCCCCGACGAAUCAGAGAAACCCACAGAGUCUACUGAAGAAGAGAAGAUGGAAACGGAGACCCCAGAAGCCCCUCAAACAGAGAAGAGUGAAGUUAAAAGUGAGAAGGAAAAUGAGACCGAGUCGUGUGAGAAGCCGGAGUCCUCCGCGGAGAAGAAACCAGAGGAGGAGGAGAGCGAGGCGGCCCCAGAAGACAAGACUGAAGAAGAGAUGGAGGAAACGAAAGAGAAUGUCGAGACUGCCAAGGAGCUCGACCCAGUAAAGAAGAAAUUGGAGAAUGAUAUGAAUGAGAGCAAUGUAGCUAUGGCAGCCGCCGCUGCUCUGGCCUCUGCAGCCACCAAAGCCAAGCAUCUGGCCGCUGUGGAGGAACGCAAAAUCAAGUCCCUGGUUGCGCUGCUAGUGGAGACACAGAUGAAGAAACUGGAGAUUAAACUACGUCACUUUGAGGAACUGGAAACCAUCAUGGAUCGGGAGAAGGAAGCGCUGGAGCAGCAGCGGCAGCAGCUCCUCACCGAGCGCCAGAACUUCCACAUGGAGCAGCUGAAGUACGCGGAGAUGAGGGCCCGGCAGCAGAUGGAGCAGCAGCAGCAGCACGGACAGAACGCUCAGCACCCCGCCGCCCCCUCUGGACCUGCGAUGGGCCACAUAGCACCCCCUGCACACCCUGGUAUGAUGGGUCACCUGCAGCAGCCGCCACCACAGCAGCCCCCUCCAUAUGGUGUACACCACCAGAUGCCCCCUGCCCACCCGCCGCAGCCAGGCAUGUAUUCUGGGCAUAUGCAGGGGUGGGGUCAAAUGGCAGGACCCAGCUCCAUGAUGUCAGGACCACCUAUGCCUGGACGAAUGAUACCGAACAUGCAUCCCGCCGGCCCCCCUCAACCUCCACCUCAGCCAGGGAUUCCCCCGAUGCCCAGCGGCAUGAUCGGACCGCGACCUCCGAUGGCUCCAAACGGCAUGUACGCGGCUCCACCACCACCACCGCAGCAGCAGCCGCCUCCACCCAGUGACGGACCAACGCCACCCCCCAUGGUGCCCCCAGCAUCGUCGGCGCCAUAGACAGGACGGCCAGCCCACUGCCUCCCCCGGUCUCUCCGUUCAUUUGAGUGACGUGGUUUCAUUUUAACAGUUCAUCUAUAUAACCCUCCGGCUCUCCUUGACCAAUGACUUGCGGCGCCCGCUCUCCUGGCUCUGCUUGUCGGCUGACGUGCGGCGCCCGCUCUCGAUUCUGUAGUAUUUAUUGGACAGGUUGUUCUCUUCUUUACCUGCCCUGUUUAACACUUCCAUUUUUCUUUUUUUUUAUGUUUUAUAACCUGUUUUCCCUCUAUUGCUGCAAGUUUCGGGUUUCGCCCGCAGGUCUGUUGCUUGUUUAAUGUGUUUCUUGUUUUGGAAUCUAACCCCCAUUUUGUUUAUAAUAAAAGUUCCUGAGUGAACAGGCGGUGAGCUGAUCUGCUGGCUCGGGGUGUCUUUCAUGGUACUUGUCAGUUGUGUCCACUAGGGGGCAGUCUGCUAGUUGUAGUUUAUGGUCCUGCUGCUCCUGACCCGGGAGACGUGGAUAUCCAUUUGUCUGCUAGUCUGAAAUCUACCUCUGCCGGGCAGCCGAUGUGGGUUCCCUGGGGUGUUUGCGGGGCGAGGAGAACAAUGGGAGGGUUCGCUGUUGUGCGCAGCGGUCUGCAGUACGUCUCUGAUUACUUGGUGUCGCUUCAGGUUAAAUCUUCAUGGUGGUGACUUAAGGACUUCUCUACUCCAGUCACAUCCAUAGCCGCAGUCACUAAACUUCCACCACAUGGUAUCCCCUUAUGCUCUAGUCCCCUCCAGAGAUGCAGCUACGGUGUACAGACCCAGCUGUAUUGCAUUGUGGGAGACGUACUGUUCAGCGCAGUCGCUGUGAUGUAGACAACGGGUAAUCUGCUUGGGACGUGUCAGUAUAUUUCAGCAGCUCUGGAGGUGACUGGUGCAAUGUAGCUGAAGGGACAUGCAGAUUUAACCUGUGACACUGAGUGGAGCUGCAGUGGUAGUAAUAAUCUGUGGGUCUGCAGAGCGUCGCUCCUCCUCCUCACACGACUGCUUGCACUUUCCUUGGGUAUCUGUUCCUUCCGCUUUGGUGUCUAGUUUUCCUUUUCCUCCAGGACUCGGCUGCAGUGAACACGUCAGGUUUUUAGUGGUUUUCUUCUCGGAGUGCCCCUCCUCCACCCCGGUGUCAGUUACCGUGUCACUUGCUGUUUUUAGUCAACUCGUUGGACGCUCUGUACGUGAACGGGCCGCUCUCCCGGCCUCCAGCCGCCAAGAUUUGUUAAAUAAAAUACGGUUUCUUUUG